UCGAAAACGAUUAAUUAUUUAAGGAUUAGCAGAGAUCAGGACCGGCCAUGGAACCACCACCUGCCUCAGAACCGCCGGCCGGAUCCGGGAAACCUUCGGCAAGUAAACGAGGCCGAGGAUCGGCGACUAAUCAACGUGGUUCUCGCGGGCGCGGUGGCUACUGGCGGGGCAACUAUCGUGGAUAUCACAACCAACAGCCGCGAGAGAAGCCGGUCGGUUUUGCUUUGCUUCCGACACCAACAGCACCAACCAGCGGAUCACCACCGGUGACCCCCCUGACACCGACGGCUUCCUUUUCCACCAGCACAAAGAACGAUUCCUGUGAGUAUGCCGGCUGGAAGCUGUACUUUCCUGCAGAAGAAUUUCGCAGCGGAUCGAAAACGGUACACCAUGUACGAGCGAUGCAACGGCACUAUGCGGACUGUGCUGACCAGUACGAUCUGCCGCUGGUCAAGGCAUGCAACUGGUUCGAGCUGAAGAUGGACGUUUGUGAAGGGGAUCGCGUUCUCCUCCAGGAGUGGGCCUGCUUUCGCCAGGAGCUGACGGAAAAUCCGGAACACACGCUGGCCUGCAUAGGUCUGGCGAUGCAUCAUCUACUGUCCCGGAAUGCCAGCGGUGGAGGCGCAGGUUCACAGAGUGCUACCCCCCUGUCCCUCAACACCAUCCGACCGCGGUUGGUUGGCUUUGGACCGGAGGUUACGAUCGGUUCGAUUAAGGUUAGCAGCUUCGGAAAGCUAGUGUCCGUCCGGGGGACCAUCAUAAGGGCCGGACCGUCCCAAAUCAUGAACACCUGGUGUGCCUUCCGAUGUGCCAGCUGUGGCAACGAGCAAGCCGUUCAGCAGAAGGACGGUAUCUACACGACACCCACUUCCUGCCACAGUGGCUGUAAAGCGCGCAGCAACUUCAUCUUUUUGCAGCAAUCUCUGUUCACGCGCAUGGAAUCGUACCAGAGCAUCCGGUUGCAGGAAACGACACAAGGUUCACGUGCGGUAACGGGCAGCGUGGCGAAGAACAUCGAGGUAGAGCUGACACACGAAAUGGUGGACAGUGUGUGCCCGGGAGAUGAUGUGACCGUGACGGGCAUACUGAAGGCACGCUCGCAGGAUGAUACGGGUCUCGGCAAAGCCAGCCUGUACAAGGCCUACAUACAGGCCGUAUCGGUGCGAAGCAACAAGAACGCACUGGGCAACUGGAAUCGUUUGGGCGAGUUCACCGACCUGGACAUGGAAGCGAUCCGUAUGAUUCAAUCCGAACCCUCUCCCUUCCGCUUGCUGGUCCAAUCGCUCUGCCCUUCCAUUUACGGUCACGAGAUCGUCAAAGCGGGACUACUGUUGGGGCUUUUCGGUGGACAGGCAACAAGCGCCCGUACGAGACCCGAAAUCCAUGUGCUCGUCGUUGGUGAUCCGGGAAUUGGUAAAAGUCAAAUUCUCCAGCGCUGCGCCAACGUAUCACCGCGCGGUAUUUUCGUCUGUGGCACCAAUUCAUCCAACGUGGGCCUCACGGUCACGGUGCGGAUGGAGAAGGGUGUCGGUGCUUCGCUCGAGGCCGGUGCUCUCGUGCUGGCCGAUCAGGGUGUUUGUUGCAUUGACGAGUUCGACAAAAUGUCCGGCCACCACGGACUGCUCGAGGUGAUGGAACAACGGUCGGUGAGUGUCGCGAAAGCGGGCGUCAUCUGUACGGUGCCAGCACGUACGACCGUGUUGGCUGCAGCCAAUCCCGCCGGUGGCCACUACAAUAAGGCGAAAACGGUUUCGGAAAAUCUGAAACUUCAUCCAGCGCUCCUGUCGCGGUUCGAUUUGGUGUUCAUUCUGCUCGAUCGAUCGAACGAACGUACCGAUAAUCUGCUAACGUCGCACAUCCAGAAGGUGCAUGGACUAUCGCGAACCACGGCGGUCCCGGGACACCCAUUCUUCGACGCUUCCGGUAGCUGCUCGUUCGCGGAUGGGGCCGAUGGUGCAGAACCUUCGCUUGAGGAGCGUUUAAGGCUUGGUGCGGGCGAAAUGCUCGAUCUUUUGCCGGUGGAACUGAUGCAGAAGUAUAUCGGCUACGCUCGGAAGAACGUUCAACCGAAGCUAACGGCCAAAGCGGCCGAGGAGUUGCGGGAUUUCUUUGUCGAGUUGCGGCGCACGCACCGCGAGAUGGACAUGAUUCCGGUUACCACUAGGCAGCUCGAAGGACUUAUCCGGUUAACGCAGGCACGCGCCAGGAUUGAUCUUUCCCCGGAAGCGACCGUUGCGCACGUGCGCGAUGUGCUUGCCAUCUUGCGUCAAUCGAUGCUGGACGUGUUUAGCACGGAUGAGGGCGAAUUGCAGUUCACGCGGCUAACGAACGGUAGUGGCACCAGCAAGACGACGAUGGUACGCAAGUUUGCCCGUACGCUGCAAACCCGAUCGAUCGCCACCGGUUCGACCGUUUAUACGACGGAGGAACUGAGGCAGGUGAUGGUAGCCGGUGGAAUUGUGGCCAACUGUGCGGAACUGAUCGACACGAUGAACAUUCAGGGAUUUCUGCUGAAGAAGGGACGCGAUUGUUACAAGUUUAUCAUGGAAUGAUCUGAUCGAGGAGGAGGAAUAAAAUCCCUUUCUUUUCCAGUGA